CUCGGAUACGACCGUCGGCAGUCCUCUCGUCCUGCAGGCCGCGUAUAGUUUCCAUCUGGACGCGUCUGCAGAAGCACAAACACCGCUCAUCCAAGAGGGUUGUCCAACAACAACUCCAAAAUUCAACACAACUUCACAAUCAAAGUGCGUCCGAAUAAAUGACUCACAAAAAAGUGUUUUAACUGAUAAACAUUGUGUUAAAUAAUUAUCUAGUUUAAUAACAAUGGCGAUGGAGUUGGGACACAAUUUAAUGCCGUUAGACUUUAGCAGUGGUGCGGUGCGUGAGUCGCGAAGUCCCAGCAAUGAUACGGAACCAUCGAGUCCGGCGGGAAGCAGCGCAUUCACCAUCGUCACACCGAACAGACAAGGAAUAGGUUUGGAUCAAAUUUCACCUCUGCAGUUCCCCGCAGUAGGUUUCGCCUCAUACUGCAGAAGUUUAUGGGGUUCACCAAUCCUACAAGCCGGACCCAGAUAUCUCUCACCUUUAACCCACCACCCAAACCGGGAAACCACCCCGGAACAAAACAAUGGAAUUAAAUUCGGUAUAAGUCGACUGGUCAAGUCCGAUGAUGAAGACGAUGUACAAACUAACAACAACAACGAUAUCAGUAAGAUCUACGUCUCCAAGGCCAGUGAAGACAUGACCAAUUCAGGAGAUGAAUUAGGACAGUCCCCAAAACGAUGGGAGCAUUUAAAUGUCUCCCCAAGACCAUCACCUAGUACCUCACCGGAACUGGAAGUGGAUUCACCACCUCCAUCACCCUCCCCACGUCCACCUUCCAUCACAGACAUCAGCCCACCUUCGAAACCCACUUCCCCACUGAAAAAAUCCGAAGCCUUUUCUGUGAGUGCAUUACUGCGACCUGACAAUCCAAAGAGCAAAGCAGCUGAUCAACUCUACCAGGAAACUAUAUCGGUGACCCGUUCGUACCUUUAUCCACCUUUCGCCGAGUUGAUCCGCGACGCACAAAUCAAAUCGCCGCAGGAGUACAACAACUUCCUGCCACGGAACUUUGUACAUCCGGGUUUACUCCCGCCGACAUUCUACCCGCCCAAGGACGGCGACGACCGAUUCCUGCCCACACCCACAUCGUUGUACUUCAGCGCGGUGGCGGCAGCGAUGGCCAGUGGUGGUAGUGGUGCAGGUUCCGGACAACAACCAACACAAUCGACGCCCUAUCCCACAUCGCCACAAUCCGAUGAAUUAUUCCGGCUGCGGCAUCACAUAAUGAAUAACGCGAGCGGUGUGCAUCCGCACCACCAUCACCUGUUAAUGCGGCCCGGUAUGAUGCCGUUGGGGGACGUUUAUUCGUGCAUCAAGUGCGAGAAGAUGUUCUCAACUCCGCAUGGGUUAGAGGUGCAUGCGCGUAGGUCCCACAAUGGCAAACGCCCCUUUGCCUGCGAGCUGUGCAAUAAAACCUUUGGGCAUGAGAUUAGCCUAAGUCAACACAGAGCUGUACACAACGUAGAGAAAGUUUUCGAGUGUAAACAAUGUGGGAAGUCGUUCAAGAGGUCCUCGACGCUAUCAACGCAUCUGCUGAUACACUCGGACACAAGACCCUACCCUUGUCAGUUUUGCGGCAAACGCUUUCACCAGAAAUCCGACAUGAAGAAGCACACGUACAUCCACACAGGUGAAAAACCACAUAAAUGCUCCGUGUGUGGAAAGGCGUUCAGUCAGUCGUCGAAUUUGAUCACGCAUUCCCGGAAACACACCGGGUUCAAACCGUUUGCGUGUGAUUUGUGUGGAAGAGCCUUCCAACGCAAGGUGGAUCUCCGUCGGCAUAAGGAAACGCAACAUACGGAACUCCGGCCGAUUGUCACAUAGUGCCAGACGCUAACCGGAAGCACAAACACACUUCCGGUCACUUCGGACGGCGCAUCCGAGGGCAAUCAACAGGAACAACACAAUGGUGAACAAAUAAGGCGCAAUCUCGCCCAAUUGCAAAUACCGAACGUGUGCAAUUUGGACUCGCGGACGCCCCAAUCGCUGUUGCAUUUCCCGCCGCCGCCACAGCUGCCGCCGCCGGCGAGCUUGGCGUGUUUGAUGAACCAAUCAAGUCAGCAGUUACAAAUUCGGCCCAACUUUCAAUCCUGGAGUUAAGACGAUUUCGUAAAACCAAGAAAAAAACAAAAAAUUCUCUGUGAUUCCAAAAAUGAUGAUUAUGUGCGCGUUGUGUUUGUAUUAAAUACAAGCACAAGAUGUGUUUUUCUCUUCUUUUCGUCGCCAUGUGUAUCUAAAUCACUAAGUCAACUUAAGCAUGUAGUUAAAGUGUAAAGUAAUUUCUUAAUAACUUAAAACGUGUUAAAUGUGCAAUGUGCAAUGUUUUUAUUAUCUCUAUUUAUAAACCCAAAGCAAAAAAUAAAAACAACUCCAGUUUUAUUACAUCUUAGACAAAAAAAACAAACUCUUGAUAGUGCAAUUUUGUAAAUAUACCAAGCCUAUGUAUGAUUUUGAUUUAUCGAUUACGAAUCACGCAAUUGAAUAUUGUAUAUGAAUAUCUAUUAUCAAAGUUGUAAAUGUACAAUGUACAAAUAUUAUGAGUGUAAUAUAUUGACCAAAGAAACACGA